ACUCUUCCACAAUGGCCAUCUCGAUUUAAAUGUAUUUGUGUGAGUUUUGGUGGGAUUUCCCCCCCGAAACACUUACACAAGAAAAUACCCGUUUUUGGUGCACGUGAGCCUGCUCGCCAGAGAGAGCGUAUCUUUCAGAUACAUUUCGGCCUGGCGCGUUCGGUUCUUCUUGCAUGCAUCCAUAAACACAUGGGGAGCCCUUCUUUUCGUCGUCGUCUGUUUGUUCGUUGUCGUGUAUCUUUCUAUUUUGUUUGUGGUGUUAAGGAAUUUUCUAGCUUCGCCCUAAGACAAUGCCAAUCACAAAUCGAAUACUGUGAACCAAUCAGACAACAAUGAGCCGGAUUAUGGCAAAAGGAAGCUGAAACGGUUUUGUUUUUUGUGUUUUUUUUUUCUUCAAGUUUUUACCGCAUCGUCAACAGCAGCAAUAUUAGCAGCAGCAUAACCGGCAGCCGCAACCGCAAACUGAGCGGCAGAAGCAAUAUCUCCACACACAAUAAUUCAACAAAAUGAUGGAGCGAAUACCAUCCUUAUCUCUCUCCGGCAUAUCGCUAGCGCAUCCUCUGUCAAUUUCUACCGGUCAAUCACUGCAAAACCACCUCUCAUCCGGCCCGGCAUCGUCUUCGUCCUCGUCCACUGGUCAAUUGUCUUCACACCAUCACACCAGCUCCCAUCACAAUCACCAGCUGGCUCUGAAUUCCCUCAACCUGCAUGCUUCAGCGGCUGCUGCAGCAGCCGCCUGCUCCUCCACCUCAUCAUCGGUAACACCCUCCUCCUCAGUGGCCUCAUUAUCAAUAACACCGCCAACGAGUUCGUCCUCCACCCUGCACCAUCAUACCACAGCCCAUCAUCAUCCCCUGCACCAUCAAGGUUCAACAACAUCCCACCAAGUCAACCAUUCACAUCAUCAUCCGCACUCCAAUCAUCAUCCCCAUCAUCAUCCCCAUGCCACAGCAUCGCAUCACAAUUCGCAAUCAUCGCCGAUGACAAAUUUGCAUCAGAAUAUGGGGAGUCUAAUGAAUAGCGGAAGUAGUGCCAGUGAUGUAUUUUUUAGUUUGAUGAUCCAAAACACAACGAAACGGCAAGCCGAGGAGCACAUUAAACGCCCAAUGAAUGCCUUUAUGGUGUGGUCACGUUUACAGAGACGCAAAAUAGCCCAGGACAAUCCCAAGAUGCAUAAUUCGGAGAUAUCGAAAAGAUUAGGUGCCGAAUGGAAGCUGCUAACGGAGGAUGAAAAACGACCUUUCAUAGAUGAAGCCAAACGACUUCGAGCUAUGCAUAUGAAGGAGCAUCCUGAUUACAAAUAUCGUCCCAGACGAAAGCCAAAGGCUCUGCGACGUGACGGUUAUCCAUAUCCAAUGCCAUAUCCAUCAGUGCCAGUGGAGGCGCUUAGGGCAGGCAUUACACCUGGAUACUUUGCACCAGGGCCAGCAGCAUAUCACUUAGGAAGUCAUCUCUCGCAAUCAAAUCCGCCAACAUCACAGUCAUCAAUAAGCAGUCAAAUGGAUGUCCCAAAAUUCGCCUUGGAUCGCAGUUCGUACCUUAGUUCGGCGGCAGCCGCUGGCAGUUUGUAUGAUUCAUCAAAAGCUGCCCAAGCUAGUGCCGCUUAUAGUGCGUAUUUAGAUCCAACCGUCCUUACGAAAGCUUACUUCGACUCGAAGAUGUAUCAGGAUCGUGCAGCGAAUUAUGCCUUCGAUAUAUCCAAAAUCUAUGGUGCCCAACAGCAACAGCAUUCUGCUGCUGUGGCACAUCAGCAGCAACAACAUCAGCAUCUAUUGAAUGGUUUAAGUAUUGGCAGUGGCAACAAUAAUAACAAUAUUAAUCCGAAUAAUAACAGUUUGGAUGGGAGAGAAUCAACUCCACAUUUGGAUAGUACUGGUGAUAAGUCUCAGUUAAAUUCGCCGAAUGACAGUCAGAUUGAUUACUCGGGGUACUCGCAGUAUGCUCAAGCAGCUGCAGGGGUUGUCGGAUCAGCUGGAGGAGGGGGCGGUGGAGGAGGGGGAGAUUUUAGAAGACCUUUGACAGUUAUCUUUUGACCAGAAAAAUUUGAAAAUGAUUAAAAUGAAAAAAUAGAAUAAGUUAUAAAAAAAAAGAUAUUAUAAAAAAAAUGCCAUGGCAUAGUGAAUAUAAUAUAGUAUUAUUCAUAUAAGUAUUAAAAUUGUAAAUGUUAAAUAAAAAAAAAUUAAAUUU